CCAAAAGAACCAUUUAUCAUUUUCUUUUAACGCCGUUACCAUCCCCUUCUUCACACGAUUCUUUUCAAAUGGCCCUAAAGCUAGCCAGAAUCUCACUCCCAAUCCCAAUCUCAAUCCCAAACAACUUUUACCCAUUCCACAUCUUACCCUUUCAACACUCCCUACAUCAGAAAUUCCAAUCGCAUAAAUUUGAAUAUCUUGAUCGGAGGUGAAAAUUCCCUGACGAUUCAUGAGAUCGAUGUGGUAUGUAUUGUCGAAGAUGUUAGGUGUUCGGAGAUCUUGGAAGGUGAAGGCAUCGAAGUCUUUGGUUGGGCAUAUGGAUUUGAGAUUCUUAGUGAAAGUUUGGUCCAUGAUUUGGUCUUGGGGGUAGAGACGGUUGUCGAAGGAUCCGCAUUGGGAAAUUCUGAUGGUGUGGCCGCCUGAGAGGGCGACGACAUCUGUGGGGUCGAGGUUUUGGUUGUCGGCGAGCUAUUUGAGAAUGGCUUUGGUUUUCAGUCAAAGAACGAUCUUUCCUUGCAAGAACAAUUUAGGUUUUCAGUCGCUAUUUCCCAAUCGAGAUUUCUCUGGCCCAGACUUUUCUUCUCCAAUAAUAUUGCGAUUUUUCAAACAAAAACAAAUGCGCAAUGCCACUGAGUGAAAGAGCACCCCUAAAAUUGAGCUUUCCCUCAUGAUUAGAAGUUGUGUUGUUACCAGCAAUUCCACAAAAUCAAGAAGCCAAUACCCAAAAAGUUCCAAUCGCUAAGCAUUUAAUCAACAGACUCUUUUUUUUUUCUUCAAAAAAUAAUAAUAAAUGGAAUACGUGUUUUGGCUUAUUAGUCCUUAUUCAAAAUAGUUUGUCUUUGAUAUCUAAUUUCGUAAUUAUUUUUUUUCCCUUUUAAUUGCAGGAUAAAAGAUUUAUUACUUCCUCAUUUGUAUGCGUAGUGUUCUUGAAAGUCUGUAAAUUCCACCAAGAUGAUUAGGUUUGGAACUUAAUCUAUGCAUGGAAUAUUAGCAAUGGGGUAUGAACUUAAUUGAAAUAAUAUAUUUUGUAGGUAUGUUAUAGGUGGAGAAUUGAUAUUAGAAGAGUUGUAGGUAGUUAGAAUUAUAGGUUUUAGAGUUAUCGAGUAUGUUCAUCAUUUAUUCCUUGCUAGAUAAACAAAUAAUGAGACCUUAUUUUUAUUGCUUAAUUUAAUGAUUAUAUCAUCAUGUAUAGAAUAUUGUUUUGAAAUGUUCAUAAGAAAUUUUCAUCAGACAAUAUUGUAUUGCAGGAAGGAAGUUGGUGAAAAGACUGUAGAGUUGAAACCAAAUUCUCUCUUUGAACACAAUAAGACUUGUCAAAGUAACAUCUUCACUAUUUUAUUGAGUUGUUUACUUGUUAAUUCUUCUAGCAAUUAAGACCAUUUGAAUAUAUGAUACCUAUUUUUAGGUAGGAGCAUUUUAGACCCACGUAUCAACUAUUACAAACUUCGCUAAGAUUUAUUUUUCUUCCUUUUCUAGAAAGACAUCAUAUUUGUUUAUACUUUCAAACUAUUUGAUUGCACAAUAUGAAUUGUUCAUGUAAACGAAGAAUCAAAACCACCAACGUUUACUUGGUUUUUUAAAAGUCAAAUAAAUCUAAUCUUAUAUUGAUUGAUGUAUUUAUAAUUUUUAUUACUAAAGCUUGUUUUUUAUCAUAACAGGUGUGACAACCCUCCCAACGCUCCCUUAGAAUCAAAUACUAUUAAUUAAACUAGAUUAUCAUAUUGAUUGCAGAUGUGUGCAAGAGCGAGACCUCCUAUUGAUGAAACUCUCGUAGAUCUGUGCAAGAGCAUGGCCUCCUAAUGAUGAAUUAUCGCUACUGAUUGCAUAUUUGAGUACAAUGAGGCACAAGAAAUAUAUAAGAACAAUGAAAUUACCGAUUUGGUAAAGUAAUUGAAACCAACUCAGAAAGCGUACUAUUGGAUUGAAGCUGAAAUCAUAUUUAAAAACAUCAACCAAGAUUUUUAUUACAUGUCUUGUGAUUUAUGUAAUAAGAAACUUAUGUUCUACAACGACAAUGAAGAAACAGACUGUGAGAAUUCAAAAUGCGGAAAAAGAUGUCUUCCAACACCACGUGCAAGGACCUAUGUACAACUUGACGAUGGUACCGAGUUGCUAGAUGCUGUAAUGUUCGGAGAUGUUGCAGAAAAUAUAUUCUCAUGUACUGCAGUUCAAUUAAAGUCAUAUUCAGACGAGAAACAUAAGUUGUUUGUCCAAAAAACUACAGAGAAAUUAUCGGCCAAAAAAUGGAGAGUUCAGUUGUAUGUAGAUCCAAAACGAAUGAUGAGUUCAAAGUACAAUCAAUACACCAUUCAAGCAGCUGAACCAAUGGAAGAUUAGGGAGAAGUUUCACUAUACUCUUUUUAGUUUUUCAAAUAAUAUUCCAUAUAUUAAGACUUUUUUAAUAAUUUUUUCUUCUAUUUUAAGAUCGAACAUUUUUUUUUAACUUUAGUUACAUAAUGUUUGUUUUAAAUUUUGCAAAACUUAUAUCUUGUUCCUUUAAAUUUUCUACAAGUAAAUAAUAAGUAUUAUUUUGUUAUGACUUAAA